GGGUCCUUCAGGUAGGAGGUCCUGAGUGACUUUGGACGUCCGCUCCUCACAGGUGCGGUGAGUGCUUAAUCUCCGGCCUUGCGGCUUAGUUUUUCUCUCGGUUUGGGCUCGAGGCCUCUGUCGCAACCAUGCUCCGCCAGAUCAUCGGUCAGGCCAAGAAGCAUCCUAGCUUGAUCCCCCUCUUCAUAUUUAUUGGAGCAGGAGGGACUGGAGCAGCACUGUAUGUCACACGCCUGGCAUUGUUCAAUCCCGAUGUCAGUUGGGACAGAAAGAAUAACCCAGAACCCUGGAACAAACUAGGUCCUAAUGAUCAGUACAAGUUCUACUCUGUGAACGUAGAUUACAGCAAACUGAAGAAAGAAGGUCCAGACUUCUAAAUGAAAUAUUUCACUUAAAGCUGCUUAGAAUGAAGGUCUUCCAGAAGCCAUCCGCACAAUUUUCCACUUAACCAGGAAAUAUUUCCCCUCUAAAUGCACGGAAUCAUGUUGGUGUAUUGUAUUGGGGUUUACACUUGUGAAUAAAUUGUCUGAAACUUGA